UUCCCAUAGAGCUAGAAAACGAGGUCUCCGGUCACGAUAUAAACUUCCGGCAUUAGAUUCUUUGUGUAGGAUUCAGAGUAGCGCCGCUCUAUCCCUUCGCGCCUCUGUGGUUUGAAAGCAUUCAUGCGUUUGGAAAAACUGAAUUUUAAAAAAACCAGAAUUCGUGGAAACCGAAUCCCUUUUUUUUGGCUUGCAGGAUGGUGGAAAAGAAGGUCUCAGCACGGUCUCAGGAUCCAAGCCAGAGACGUAUUUUAGACCGGGCAACUCGGCAGCGGCGCCUCAACCGCCAGCUGGAAGCCCUUGAGAAUGACAACUUUCAAGACGACCCUCAUGCCAACAUGCCCCAGCUGGUGAAGCGCCUGCCUCAGUUUGACGACGACACAGAAACAGGGAAAAAGAAGAAGAAAACCCGGGGUGACCAUUUCAAGUUGCGUUUCCGCAAGAACUUCCAGGCCUUGCUGGAGGAACAGCAGAACCUGAACGCGAGUGAAGGGCCCAACUACCUGACAGCGUGCGCGCCGCCAUCUAACCUUCCCCAGCGUCACUUCUGCACGGUCUGCGGCUUCCCGUCGAACUACACGUGUGUCUCCUGUGGGGCCCGCUAUUGCUGCGUCAAAUGCUUGGGGACACACCAGGAAACCCGAUGCCUGAAGUGGACUGUUUGAGAUCGGCUCUGAAGAACCGCCACGCGUUGAAUCCUAAGGAGAAGAACCGGGGCCCUAUGUGUUGAGCUCAGCCCCACCUCGCACGGAAGGUGGAAGGACAGGAGUACAGAGCUGAAAGGAGGUCACGAGCCAUUGCUGUUGGGCAAUAAAAUGUUUUAUAUGCUG